AUGCCAGGCGUCGUCGAGCCCCCAGUCGGGGCUUCUAGGCCGGACCUGGGCUUCACUGUCGCGCAUCAGAAGGUUGAUCUUGAAAUCGACUUCGCGACCAAGAGUCUAAAGGGCAAAACCACGAUUACCAUCCACCCGCAUCACAAGGAUCUUCGCGUUAUACGACUGAACUUCCGACAAGGCGAGUUGAGGCGUCUGAAUGUUAGUGGGAAAGUACCGACUGUCAAAUAUGUGGAUCAAUAUGAGAAUCUGCAACUAUAUGGUCCUCACUAUCACCAGCGUCUUUCAGCCAAGAUAGAUGGACUACUCAAGACGCCGCCAGAGCCCGAGUUGCUCGUGUCGGUCCCAAAAAGCGUUCGGAUUGAAGAACUUGACCCCACCUCCACUGAAGCCCAGGACCAGAUGACACUACGUGCAACAGGAGCAGCGGAUGAGGCAGAAGGGCCUUUGAGCUCUAAGGCAACGGAGACCUCACUUCCUCAAUUCACGGCAUUGACGAUGUACAUUGAAUUUGUCACCGACAAUAUACGAGACGGGUUACAGUUCGUCGGGGUAGAAAACGGCGACAGACGUUACCCCCACGCCUACACAACAAACUCUCUUGGAUACGGAGUUGGAUGUUCUCUUUUCCCGUGUGUGGAUGACCCUGCAUCACGUUGUCCUUGGGAAAUAUCGAUCAAAUGCCCAUGCACGCUAGGCGAUAUGUUUGAUCGCAAAUUUCGAGAUCAAUCGAGUGUGACCAAUUCCAACCGACCAAAUGCCACCGGGCAUGACCGAUACAUUGCCUCGGAUGACGAGGCAUUGGAUGUGGCUGUUGUCUGUUCUGGCGAGCUAACAGACGAGAUCGUUGACCCGAAGGACCCGAGUAAGAAAACGGUCUCGUUCGCUUGUUACUCCCCUCUUUCGGCCCAGCAGGUUGGGUUUGCGAUUGGCCCAUUCGAGUAUGUCAACCUUGCCGAUUUUCGCGAAAGUGAUCAGGAUGAACAGCUCGGUCAAAAUGCGAUUCCUCUGCACGCGUUCUGUCUUCCCGGCAGGGCGGACGAGGUACGCAAUACAUGUUUCCCUAUGGCCAAGGCUAUAGACUUCUUCUCACUCUCAUACGGCUCCUAUCCAUUUUCAAGCUACAAGAUCUGCUUCGUAGAUGAUUUGCCUGAAGGCACGCUGCCAACAGCCUGUCUGUCCAUUUGCAGCAGCCACCUUCUGUUUCCUGAAGAAGUCAUUGACCCGAUGUAUGAUUCGACUCGUACUUUGGUUCAUGCUCUUGCAUCCCAGUGGAUUGGCGUCAACAUCGUUCCAAAGGAACCUGCAGAUACCUGGGUUACCGUUGGCGUCUCUUGGUACAUCACGGAUACUUUCAUGCGGAAGCUUUGUGGCAACAACGAAUACCGCUUCCGGCUGAAACAGAUGUCUGACAAAGUCUGUGACCUUGACUACGAGCGGCCCUCAAUCCAUGACAUGGGAAACAUCCUGCAAAUAGACCCUUCUGAGAUUGAAUUCAUCGCGCUCAAAGCUCCCCUGGUUUUGUUCAUCCUAGACCGACGGCUCACGAAGGCUAGCGGAAAGGCAACAAUGUCCCGCAUCAUAUCUCGAUUGUUCUUGAACUCCCGAAUGGGCGACAUACCGAAUGGAGCUGUCACCAGCUCACUUUUCCAGAAGACUUGUGAACGGCUCGGUCACGCGAAACUUGAUGCGUUUUUCCAGCAGUGGGUAUACGGCGCUGGGUGUCCCCGAUUCCAAGCCACGCAGCGCUUCAAUAAGAAGAAGCUCGUUGUUGAGAUGAUGAUAAGACAAGUCCAAGCAGACCCUUCAAGUACACGUGAUUUGGACAAAAAUGCGUUUAUGCGUGAUGUCAAGGAGGAGAUACGCAACGUGUAUGCGGGCGUUGUCCAGCCUGUGUUUACUGGUUCUAUGACUAUUAGGAUUCACGAAGCUGAUGGUACCCCUUACGAACAUAUUGUUGAGAUCAAAGAAGGCGUCACUAAGUUCGACAUUCCCUAUAACACGAAGUACAAGCGGCUAAAGAGGAACAAGAGGCAGAAGGAGCGUGCAGCUGCGGCAUCGGGUGGUGACCCCGGUGUCGAGACACAGGAGGAUGUUUUGCUUUAUUGUCUGGGCGACGUACUUCAAAGCGAAGAAGAGAUCCAGGAAUGGAGGCUCGCUGAUUGGAGUAAAGAAGACGAAGAGAGAAUGGGACAGGAAUCUUACGAGUGGAUUCGCAUGGACGCAGACUUUGAAUGGGUUUGCAAGUUAUCACUGGCAAUGCCAGGGUACAUGUAUCUCUCACAACUCCAGCAGGAUCGAGAUGUCAUUGCUCAAUUGGAGUCACUGCAAUAUAUGGCGGUUCAGCGAGAGCAUCCGCUGAUUUCGUCCAUCUUUGUCCGAACCCUUAUGGACCGGAGAUACUUCUACGGCAUCCGCGUGGCUGCCGCUCAAGCCUUGGUCAAGCAUGCCAAAGAAGAGAUCAACUGGCUAGGGUUGUUUCAUCUCGAAAGAGCUUUUCAAGAGCUUUUCUGCCUUCCGGGGUCUCCGAUGACUCGUUCAAAUGACUUCUCCGAUAGAGCCGCAUACGUCCUUCAACUAAUCAUCCCAGAAGCCAUAUCGAAAGUCCGCGACAACAGUGGCAAGACGCCAAUGAGGGUGAAACGCUUCCUGUAUGACAAGUUGAAGUUCAAUGACAACUCCAAUAAUGAGUAUUCGGACAACUUUUACGUAGCGACGUUGAUGGAAUCGCUCUGCCAUGCAAUGCUAGGAAAGGUCGAGUCUCGCAUGGAUGAUAUCGACGAUUUUGAUAUGGAGCGUGUGCUCGAAACCCAAGCAGAGGAUCAAUUGGAGAAAGACGCCAUUGCGGAGAUCGAUAGGUAUAGAAGGAUGGAUGAAUGGUCUAGCUCUUUCCAGAACAUCUAUUCCCGCGCCGCAUUACGUUGCCAGAUGCAACUAAUGCAAGCAGACAUUUUGAAUCUCGACGUGAUGCAGUUUUUGCCGUAUACGCGAGCUGGAACUUACGACCUUCUUCGUCUCGAUGCGUUCGAAUGUCUUGUUGAGCUCGAUCUAUUCCGGAACCCUGAACUGCUGCGGUGGUUCAUAUUCACCAUGUCAAGCGAUUCUUCCGCCUUGGUGAGACGGCGACUCCACGGCUUAUUUGGUAAAGCCCUGGCUCCUGUCGCCUUCGGCCGUGACCAGAACCAAGAUCAGCCGACGAACGCCGAUAAUCUGAUCAUUGAGCAGGAAUCCUCGACUGAAGUCCGUCAAGCGGAUCUUGCGCGAAGACAGACCGUUACCGGAGCGUUGGGGGCUCUGAAGAAUGAGAUAUCGGGCGAUCAAGUUUUGAAAGAAUCCCUCUGGGCUGCAUGCAAUUCUCCAUACAUUGGCGUGCUUGAGCUCUCAGAGUUUACAGAUCUUUGUCGAGUCUUAUAUGAUGCUGUGACGUCCCGCAUGGUCGCUCUGAAGUAUCCUCACUAUUGGGCUGUGAAGCAUCUUGGAAGAGGUCGUUUACAUUUCUUCCGGUCAAACAAAAUCCGGACGACGCUUGCUCCAUCCAAAGACACCACAGCCGCAAAGCGCAAGCGCGAGGAUCAGGCAAUGGUGCCGCCCGCACCUCGCAUCACAUUCAAGAACCCUAAGCAGGGUCCCGGUGUGACUCCUUUCAGCCCGAGACCGAGCUCGCAAACGACGCCUAGGUUGCACAUUCCCAACCUGCCUUCCCCUGCGCUCCAGGCGCCGCCACAGAGGACAACAACUGCUCCCUCAACUCCCUCCACUCCCAGUGGUGGUGGUUUCAAAUUAAAACUGAAGUUCGGCCAGAAGCCGAAAUAG